GUAUGUCCAUGGAAACUGGCCAACAGUUUUCCAAAGUGGUUGUCCCAGUGUAUACUCCCCCUGGCAGUGUUUGAGAGUUUCUGGUUGCUCCACGUGCUCACCAACACUAGGCAUCGUCUAGACUCAUUUUCCAUGGCUGUACGUUCCAGGCCUCAAUGAGGAGCCCAAACAUGGAGACAUUCAAGCAGCAGAAGGUGGAGGACUUCUACGACAUCGGAGAGGAGCUGGGGAGUGGCCAGUUUGCCAUCGUGAAGAAGUGCCGGGAGAAGAGCACCGGGCUGGAGUACGCAGCCAAGUUCAUCAAGAAGCGGCAGAGCCAGGCCAGCCGGCGCGGUGUGUGCCGGGAGGAGAUCCAGCGGGAGGUGAGCAUCCUGCGGCAGGUGCUGCACCCCAACGUCAUCACGCUGCACGAUGUCUUCGAGAACCGCACCGACGUGGUGCUCAUCCUUGAGCUAGUGUCCGGAGGAGAGCUCUUUGAUUUCCUGGCACAGAAGGAGUCACUGAGUGAGGAAGAGGCCACCAGCUUCAUUAAGCAGAUCCUGGAUGGGGUGAACUACCUUCACGCCAAGAAAAUUGCUCACUUCGAUCUCAAGCCAGAAAACAUUAUGUUGUUAGACAAGAAUAUUCCCAUUCCACACAUCAAGCUGAUUGACUUUGGCCUGGCUCAUGAAAUAGAAGACGGAGUUGAAUUUAAGAACAUUUUUGGGACGCCAGAAUUUGUUGCUCCAGAAAUUGUGAACUAUGAGCCCCUGGGACUGGAGGCUGACAUGUGGAGCAUAGGCGUCAUCACCUACAUCCUCCUGAGUGGAGCGUCCCCUUUCCUGGGAGACACGAAGCAGGAAACACUGGCAAAUAUCACAGCAGUGAGUUACAACUUUGAUGAGGAAUUCUUCAGCCAGACCAGCGAGCUGGCCAAGGACUUCAUUCGGAAGCUUCUAGUUAAAGAGACCCGGAAACGGCUCACAAUUGAAGAGGCUCUCAGACACCCCUGGAUCACGUACAAAGGAGAAGUCAGAGCCCCAGAACAACGGAAGACAGAGCCUGUCCAGCUGAAGACCAAGCGCCUGAGAGAGUACACUCUCAAAUGCCACUCAAGCAUGCCCCCCAACAACACCUAUGUCAACUUUGAGCGUUUUGCUCGCGUGGUAGAGGACGUGGCUCUGGUGGACCAGGGAUGCCGUGCCCUGGCAGAGGCCCAUGAUACCAUCCAGGAUGAUGUGGAGGCUCUGGUCUCCAUCUACAAUGAGAAGGAGGCUUGGUACCGAGAGGAAAGCGAGAGUGCCCGGCAGGACCUGUCCCAGCUCAGGUAUGAGUUCCGCAAAGUGGAGUCCUUGAAGAAGCUCCUUCGAGAAGACAUCCAGGCCACAGGGUCCAGCCUCGGAAGCAUGGCCAGGAAAUUGGACCAUCUGCAGGUGCAGUUUGAGGCUCUGAGGCAAGAGCUCUCAGCAGACCUACAGUGGGUCCAGGAACUGAUGGGCAGCUUCCAGCUGGAGAGCAGGAGCAUAGAUGGCCUGGGCUCUGUGUUCCACCGGGACACCAGUGAGUCCCUAGUGGAGCUGUUCAACAGAUUGUGCAGCAAGGAAGUCUUGGCCAACUUGAAGCUCUGAGCACCAGAAUCCAGACAAUAAUGCAUCCUGGAUGGUUUGCAGAAGCUGGUUCCCAACUGCCAUGCCGGAGCAUCAGCUAGAAUCAUCGUGCAGGGGUGUGUGUCUGUAGCAUAGCUUUCCACCCUCUUCACAGAAUCCAGAAUCACAGGGUGCUAGCUAAUUAUUCAUCCUGCACCUCCUCUCACCAACCUGAUUUCCUGGGAGAGUGUUGGCAGGGCAGCCAAGCUGUUAAAACCAUCGAGAAUGAAUGCCCCUCACUGUACCCUUCUCCAGAGGGAAGAUGGCUGGCCCUGGGGAGAUGCUUGAUAAUUGAUUUGUGAUGAUGGAUUUGUUCAUGUCUCCCACCCCCAUGCCUUGCAGCUUGCAGAUCUUGGGUAAUAUUCGAGUUAACUAGGGAUAACAGUAAGUCAGCUUGGUGCUUUCCAGCCAUAGAAGCAGGUAUUUAAAAUGCACAGAGAAAAUGUUACCUUUCGUUUGCAUUGACUUUUCACUUAGCAAGUACUUAUGUCUUUGACCUCAUGUGAUCCUUAAAUGAGCUCUGUGAGAGAGGAAGGUGGGUAGUAUUAUUGUUGUUGUGACUAUUAUUUCCAUGUAACUGAUGAGGAAAUUGACUCAGAGAGGGAAAAUGACUUACGCAGGGUCAUUCACAGCUAGUUGAUACAGAUGAAACAGAAACCCAAGAUACUGAACUCUAAGAUAAGGCAUAUGGGAUGAAAUAGUGAGACUUUGCUGUAAAUAUACCCCUGAAUAUUAAAGGUCAGAUCCCAGAGGAAAAGUAGGCAACUUCAUGUAUUCUGCCAGCUCUGGGUGAAAUGCCUCAUACCUUCAGACAAUUAUCUCAAGAGGUGUGUAUGGGGGCUGGCCUAGUGGCGUAGUAGUUAGAUUCACACACUCUGCUUCGGCCUCCUGGGUUUUGCAGUUUCAGAUCCUGGGCGUGGACCUACACACUACUGAUCAAGCCAUGCUGUGGUGGCAUC